GGAGAAGGAAAGUAGGAAACCCAGUUUCACACGGUAGGUGGGUAGGUUGCUUCUCCAUAAAUUGUUACCCAAGACACUCUCGGAUCCUUCAUCGUCUCGUCGUCCUCCAUCACAACUUCCGGUUUCUUCUCAAAAUCGGAGUAUCCAAUCCACCGUCGUUCGCCAUGAGCAACCAACCGGAAUCUUCUUCUUCCGAGCCGAAAGGUACGCUGCCGGCGAAAAAGGACUUUUCAACUGCUAUCUUGGAGCGCAAGAAGUCUCCAAAUCGGCUUGUUGUUGAUGAAGCUGUCAAUGACGAUAACUCAGUCGUCGCUAUGCACCCUACUACAAUGGAAAAACUGCAGCUUUUCCGUGGUGAUACCAUACUGAUCAAGGGCAAGAAAAGGAGAGACACAGUCUGCAUAGCCCUUGCUGAUGAAACAUGUGAUGAGCCAAAGAUCAGAAUGAACAAGGUCAUCAGGACAAACCUAAGGAUUCGCCUUGGUGAUGUUGUGUCUGUUCACCAAUGUCCAGAUGUCAAGUAUGGAAAGCGCAUCCAUGUCCUUCCACUUGAUGACACCAUUGAAGGUGUCACAGGAGACAUGUUUGAUGCAUAUCUGAAACCCUACUUCUUGGAGGCAUACAGACCCGUAAGGAAAGGAGACCAUUUUCUUGUUAGAGGAGGAAUGAGAAGUGUAGAAUUUAAGGUAAUUGAAACAGAUCCAGGGGAGUAUUGUGUUGUUGCCCCUGAUACUGAAAUCUUUUGUGAGGGUGAGCCCAUCAAGAGGGAUGAUGAGGACAGAUUGGAUGAAGUUGGGUAUGAUGAUGUAGGUGGUGUCAGAAAACAAAUGGCACAAAUUCGUGAACUGGUGGAAUUACCAUUAAGACACCCACAACUUUUCAAGUCUAUUGGAGUGAAACCCCCUAAAGGAAUCUUACUCUAUGGACCCCCUGGUUCAGGAAAGACACUUAUAGCCAGAGCUGUUGCUAAUGAAACAGGAGCUUUCUUUUUCUGCAUCAAUGGACCAGAAAUCAUGUCAAAGUUGGCUGGAGAGAGUGAAAGCAAUCUCAGGAAGGCUUUUGAAGAGGCUGAAAAGAAUGCCCCUUCGAUCAUUUUCAUUGAUGAGAUAGAUUCAAUAGCUCCAAAGAGAGAAAAGACAAAUGGUGAAGUUGAAAGAAGGAUUGUGUCACAGCUUUUGACACUUAUGGAUGGAUUGAAAUCGCGUGCUCAUGUCAUUGUAAUGGGGGCCACUAAUCGCCCAAAUAGUAUCGACCCUGCUCUUAGGAGAUUUGGUAGGUUUGAUAGGGAAAUUGACAUUGGUGUCCCUGAUGAAAUAGGGCGUCUUGAGGUUCUUCGAAUUCACACAAAGAACAUGAAACUUUCUGAUGAUGUGGAUUUGGAAAGGAUAGGUAAAGAAACACAUGGGUAUGUGGGUGCUGACCUGGCUGCUCUUUGCACUGAAGCUGCACUUCAAUGCAUUAGAGAAAAAAUGGAUGUUAUUGACUUGGAAGAUGAAUCUAUCGAUGCUGAGAUUCUCAACUCCAUGGCUGUCUCUAAUGAACAUUUCCAAACUGCCCUUGGCACAAGCAAUCCUUCUGCUCUUCGUGAAACUGUUGUUGAGGUUCCAAAUUGUAGCUGGGAUGACAUCGGAGGCCUUGAGAAUGUCAAGCGUGAGCUUCAAGAGACGGUUCAAUACCCAGUGGAGCAUCCGGAGAAAUUUGAGAAGUUUGGUAUGUCACCAUCGAAAGGAGUUCUGUUCUAUGGUCCACCUGGAUGUGGAAAGACACUUUUAGCCAAGGCUAUAGCAAAUGAAUGUCAAGCAAACUUUAUCAGCAUCAAAGGACCCGAACUACUAACAAUGUGGUUUGGUGAAAGUGAAGCCAAUGUUCGUGAAAUUUUCGAUAAGGCUCGUGGAUCCGCGCCCUGUGUCCUCUUCUUCGAUGAACUUGACUCAAUUGCAACUCAGAGGGGGAGCAGUUCUGGAGAUGCUGGGGGUGCUGCUGACCGAGUUCUGAAUCAGUUACUGACCGAAAUGGACGGAAUGUCUGCAAAGAAAACCGUUUUCAUAAUCGGGGCAACUAACCGACCCGACAUCAUCGACCCGGCGUUACUACGUCCGGGUCGUCUGGAUCAAUUGAUUUAUAUUCCAUUACCAGAUGAAGACUCCCGUCACCAAAUCUUCAAGGCUGCUAUGAGAAAAUCACCUGUUUCAAAAGAUGUUGAUCUGCGAGCUCUUGCUAAAUACACUCAAGGCUUCAGUGGGGCCGACAUUACAGAGAUAUGUCAACGCGCGUGCAAGUACGCCAUCCGAGAGAACAUCGAGAAAGAUAUAGAGAGGGAGAGGAAGAGAAGCGAGAAUCCCGACUCCAUGGAUGAAGAUGAGGAUGAGGUUGCGGAGAUUAAGGCGGCUCAUUUUGAGGAGUCCAUGAAGUACGCACGCAGAAGUGUGAGUGAUGCGGAUAUAAGAAAGUAUCAGGCUUUUGCUCAGACGUUGCAGCAGUCGAGGGGAUUUGGGUCCGAGUUUAGGUUUUCCGAAGCGACAUCUGGCGGUGCUGCGGCUGAUCCGUUUGGUGCGUCUGGUGGAGCAGCAGCGGAGGAUGAUGAUUUAUAUAGUUAGGUUUUAUUUAUUAUAGCUGAUUUCUGAUUUCUGGAUUUACGUCUGCAUUGUCAGAUUUGAACAUAUAAGUUUAUGUAUGGUUAACUUGCCCCCUUUCUUUGGUUGGAAAUAUUUGCGUCUCUUGUUUCAUCUUCUAUUUUGGUUAUGUAUGACAGUAUG